UCCUUCACGUUAGCUGAUCAAGUGGCUGAACCUAUUUUUUACAAUCAUAUUUCUUUCGCUACUUUGUUGUGCAAGAAAUUUACAACGCAAUCUCCUAUUAAACAGCACCUUUUGUAGAAUAUUAGGAAUACGUAUUAUUAAAGUCUUCGCUCAAGUAAUUACCAGCUGUCUCGCUUUCAAACAUGGCCACGGCUGUAGGUGCAGCCUCAUCGAUUACAAAUCCCAGUGGUAUACGCAGCCAGAUAUCGAAGGAGUUGCGUGCAAAGGCCAAUGAUUUCCUUAAUUCACGACGCCAUGCUAAUAAUCUGGUCGAUAUUAUCGAGCAUUUUCAGAAUUGUGUUCGAGAAAAACGGUCAAUUACUGCUGCUGUUCUGACUUUGGAAGUGAUAUUUGUGGAAUUAUUAAAGAGGCGGGAAAUGUGCAUUGAUAAUGCGCCCCUCAAGCCAAAAGAUGAUGGUCCUGAAACGAAAUAUCGCGAAUGGUUACGACAACGCUACGAAGAGUCUCUGAAUUUGAUACUUAAUUCUUUCGAACAUGAAAAAUCUGUUGAAGCAACACAAGCUUUGGUGUCAAGCAUGAAAUUGUUGGCAGCUGAAGGAAACUAUCCAUUAGAAAAGUCAGAUGAGCCUAGCAAAUUUCAAAAGCAUCGUCUGCGAAGUAUUCUUCAAAAACUUAUUUCACCAAUAAAGUCACAAAGUGCUCUGAUACAACGUUUCAAUGAAUAUGCCGAAUAUUUAGAUUUUGUGUUCUAUAGUUGGAAGUUGAUGCAGCCUCUAGCCUCACGUACCGCCUUUUCUAACGAAAUAUUUGCUCUGAAUUAUUUGGAGCUCAUAAAUGCGUUGCCUGUAACAAAAGAUGUGCAAGAUGAGCGAAAGUUAUUAUGCAUCACAGAACCUGUUGGAGUAUCAUCACAACUUGAAAGCUUCGACUAUGUACAAACUCGAAAAUGUAUUAAUAAAGUAUGGCUUUGCAUGAUGCAAUGGACUGAUGGAAUACAGGAGCCAGUGCACAGACAAAUGCUUAUCGUAUUGUUGGAACGAAUUUUGCCUCAUUUGGAUAAACCUAUAUUGCUGACGGAUUUUCUUAUGGAUUCACUUGAUUGCGGUGGUCCAGUCAGCUUACUAGCAUUGCAAGGCAUUUUCACUCUCAUACAGAAGCAUAAUAUUACAUAUCCAAAUAUAUAUGAGAAGUUGUAUUCUAUGUUUGAGCCAGAAAUUUUCCACACAAAAUUUAAGGCACGUUUGUUUUAUCUGGCGGAUAUAUUUUUAAGCUCUACACAUCUACCUGAAAAUUUGGUAGCAGCAUUUGUUAAGCGUCUGGCACGACUUAGCAUAAUUGCGCCGCCACAAGAUGCUAUAAUUAUUUUACAUUUCAUUGGCAACUUGAUAUUACGCCAUUCCGGCCUAAAACGACUUAUAUGCGCACAAGACGCUAUUGAAGUUUCCCGUGACCCAUUUAUCAUGGAAGAGCGCGAUCCCACAAAAUCCAACGCUUUAGAUAGCUCUUUAUGGGAGGUCGUGUCGCUACAGAAACAUGCUAUACCAGCGGUUGCGACUGCAGCUCGCUUUAUUUCGCAGCCCUUGCCAACCACAGAAUGGGAUUUGUCUUCGGUGCUUGAAUUAAAAGAGGAUGAU